AGAGGGGAGGGAAGUGGGGGUAAAAAAAAAAAAAAAAAAAAGGAAAAAAGAGGGGGGCUGGGUAUCUCAGUUUGUCUCCCGGCCAGAGAGCUCCGCCGUGCCAGAGUGCGUUCAGGCUGCGCGGUGUCGGACCGAAGCCACCGGGGUUCCCACAAAAAUAAACUGGAGGGACGCUGAUCCGCGCGCACACACGUCGGAUACACACGGAGAAAGAGACGGAAAGAGAGAGAAAGCGAGAGAGUGACACAGAGAGAGAGAGAGAGAGAGAGAGAGAUAUACACACCGGCGGAUGGCGGAGCAGAGCCAAAGAAAAGACACCACAGCGUAAAAAGAAAAGGGGCGCCGCUUUCCCCUCCUCUUUUUUCCCUGCUCUCGCCUCGCGCAUCAGCCGAGGAGGAAACCACAGGACAGGUGUACUUAUUGAUAUGGAUUCAUUCAUUUAUUUCUCUAUUGAUUUUGCUUUAAUUAGUGACCCGCGGUAGAGAAAGAGGGAGCGAGAGAAACAGCGAGGGGAGGAGAGGGAGGAGCGAAAGUCAGACUGGGGUUGCCUGCGUAGCCUUACUUUAUUAUUUCUUUAAUUCCGUCUUCUUCUUUUUUUUUUGGCCAAAUAACGCAUUUGCAUUUUGUUAUUGUGUCGCGUUAUUGUGUGCAUGUAUCCUUCAGCAGACCAGCCAGCUACAAACCAAAUCUUUAGGAGAACCAAAAAGAAAAAACUCCAGUCUCACGCGGACUCUUUUUCUCGUUUUUCCUUUCGGAGGACUCACCCGUGGACAGUGUUUGUUGUUUGAGACUUUUAAUGACAGCGCAGGAGGAGAAAUUCGCCUUUUUGUUUUUCUCUCUCUCAACCCAAACCAAAGCAAAAACCCGCCGAGGAGGAGAGACGGAGACGGGAGAGCCGCUGCGACCUUUACGCACAGCUGUCUGGACACAAUAAAUUGAGUCUAAUUGUGUCUGUGUUGCAUCCAGCGGAGAGCAGCUGAGUGAGGAGCGCCGGCUGCACUAGAUUCACAUGGCUGCAUCCAAUGGCCAGUCACCUGCAACCUGUAUUAGCCUGUAUGGAUAACCACUGGUAGCUUUAUUUAUUCUCCCAAAGCCGAGCAGUCCUCGCUGCGCGCCCCUGUGUGUCUGUGUGUGUGUUUGUGUGCGUGCGUGUGUGUGUGCCGGACUAGCUGACUCCGAAAAGACUCAAGAAAUCGGACCGUAACAUCCAUCUGUGAACCAGAGCUGCACGAAAACCCCUUAAAAGUAGAGAGAUGUGAAUCCGCUGAGGUAGAAUCACGAAUCACGGAAGAAAAAAGCCAAAUACUCCAAAGAGUCUGUUCUCCAAACACCCCAGCGCAGCGUCCUUCCACACGGCGUCCACAAAACCUGGAAAGCGUACGAAGAAAAGGCCAAAGAACGACGGCAGGACGACGGAUAAGAGGAGAAGAAAAGUGAGACUAAAAUAAAAAAACGACGGACCCCCAGGUCGACAGAGGACCAUGUUUGUCCCCCUGCCGGUCCCCUUCGUCUUUCAGAGAACAGCGUCCGACUUCAGCGCCUGGAGACUCAAGUCCUCGCUGGCUCCGCGGUCCAGCCCCGAUAUCAGGAUGUCCAAAGCUUCAGGGGAGGAGAAGCCUGGAGCUGACUAUCCAGGGGACAGUUCAGACUCUGACAGAAACAGCCCCGAUGACCAGGUCCAGACAAUGAAAGCCAGCCCCUACAGCCUCACCCCAACAGACGCUGGCAGCAAGGGGAAGAGUGAAGAGAGCUCCGAGAUAACGCACGGCUCUGUUCCUGCUGCUGCUGCUCCUCCGGCACCUCCCUCUCAACAGCAGCCGCAGACUCAACACCACCACACACAGCUGAUGCUGGCGGGCAGUCAGCUAGCAGGGCUUGCCGCUCUCCUCCCGGCCCAGCAGCAGCUGCUCCUCCAGCAGGCUCAGGCUCAGCUGCUGGCGGCGGCCGUCCAGCAGUCGAACGCCGCCCACGCCGCUCACGCCGCCCACGCCGCCGCGCAGCAGCAAGCCAGCCAGCAGCAGCAGCAGCAGCAGCAGCAGCAGCAGAACCAAUCACAAUCCCAACAACAGCAGCAGCAGCAGCAACAAACCAAACAAGAGCAAACUCUCCAAGCCCCUCCACAGCUGGCUCUGUCGCAGCCAAUCCAGCUCACAGCACAGGACAUCCAGCAGUUGCUGCAGCUCCAGCAGCUGGUCUUGAUGCCGGGUCAUCACCUCCAGUCUCCUGCACAGUUCCUCCUGUCCCAGCCAGCACAGGCCCAGCAGCCACAGCAGGGUUUGCUCUCGACACCAAAUCUGAUCCAGCUACCUCAGCAAAGCCCGGGGGGGCUACUGACAACUCCACCUCGCCUGGGACUCCAAGCACAGAGGGAGAAGAGCAGUGAUGCUGGAAGCAGCGGGGGCUCUAUAGUCGCCACCGGGAGCAGUGGCGGCGUCGGCGUCGGCGUGGUGACAUCCGUGGGAGCCACCUCUGCGUCCAGCAGCGCCAUGGCGUCCUCGCUGAGCUCCGGCCUGACUCCCGGGGGCCACGGGGGCCACAUGGGCGAAGAGCCCAGCGACCUGGAGGAGCUGGAGCAGUUCGCCCGCACCUUCAAACAGAGACGCAUAAAGCUGGGAUUCACCCAGGGCGAUGUGGGCGUGGCUAUGGGCAAACUGUACGGCAACGACUUCAGCCAGACGACCAUCUCCCGCUUCGAAGCUCUCAACCUGAGCUUUAAGAACAUGUGCAAGCUGAAACCACUGCUGGAGAAGUGGCUGAGCGACGCAGAAACGAUGGCGGUGGACAGCAUGCUGCCCAGCCCCUCCUCUCUGUCCUCCCCCAUGUUGGGCAUCGAGGGUCUGCCUGGCCGACGCAGGAAGAAACGCACCAGCAUCGAGACCAACGUUCGAGUGGCCCUAGAGCGCAACUUCAGCACGAACCAGAAGCCUACCUCGGAGGAGAUCCUGCUGAUGGCGGAGCAGCUCAACAUGGAGAAGGAGGUGAUUCGCGUUUGGUUCUGCAACCGUCGGCAGAAGGAGAAACGCAUCAACCCGUCCAGCAGCACCACCCCUCCCCUGCCCAGCCAGACCUCGCCUGUCAUGACGCACAAAGCCCCCUGCUACAGCCCGCACAUGAUAUCAAGUCACGGUCUGUCCCAGGUCACCACCAGCCUCAGCACAACAGGCGCCAGCUCGUCUCCUUCAGCCUCCUGCCCCAUGACUCCGGUCAGCUCGGCCGCCAUCUCUUCUUCUGCGACUCCUCCUCCUCAUAGCACAGCCAGCCCAGCUCCUCCCAGCCUCGGGACGUCCGGGCUCAGCACUGGGAACACAAUGAUGGGAGUAAGCACAGGGAUGAACCAGGCCCUCAUUGGCAGCAAUCCCCUGGCGACCAUGCAAGCCCUGGCAGCCAGCACCGGUCAGCUGCCCAUCUCCAGCCUGGAGGGCGCUGCGAGUCACAUGCUCCUGGGUGGACACGGGGGUCCCGGCGUCCCCCACUCCCUCCGCCCCUCCAUCUUCCUCAACCGCCCCACCCUCCUCCCCAUGGUGACCGGCUCCAUGGCGACAACCUCCACGCCCGCCAUGGGACUGGUCAGCAGCAGCGGCAUCGGCGGGUGCAUCCCGAGGGCCACCUUCUCCCAGUCUCCACCCGCCGGCACCGGCAACCUCAUGAGCCCGACUUCCUGCCCGGAGGAGUCCGCGUCUCCUUGUUCGAGUCCCGCCUCUUUCUGUUCCUUCAGCGAAGCCUCGCCACCGCCCCUGGGAGGGGCCAUGGCCGAGUGAUCCCUGACCGGCAGCCGAAGCAUCCUGCAAAGAGGACGACGAAGAGGAGGAGGAGGAGGAAGAGGAGGAGGAGGAGGAGGAAGCGUUAAAAAGGAGCUUUAAAGAAAAUCUAAAUUUACAACCUCGCCUUUCAACCAAAGCCAUCUCUCUGUCUGAUCCAUCUCCGAUUUUUGUCUUUCUCUCUCGGCGUCUCCCCGCUGAAGUCUCCCGAAGCCAAAAAUAUACACGGACGGAUGAGGGGAGGCAGCAAAAAGAGAGAGGGGAGGAGGAGGGGUGAGGGGAUGGAGAGGAUGGAGAGAACUGCAGAUCGAAGGGGGGCGGGGGGGAUUUGAAACCAAAUAAUGAUCUACAGCUGGAGAGGUGGCACUGAGGAGUGUUUUUUUUUUUUUUUUUUUUUUUUUUUGCUUGGCGUCGGAAAAUGAACACCGUGCUUUUUAAUGGCUGGAGAAGAAGAAGAAGAAAAUUACUCAGCGAGGGCAGGGAUGAGAACCGAGACUGUGUGUGAGAAAACGGGAGGCGAAGAAAAGACUUGUUUAACAAGCCCGGAAAGGCCAUGUGGUCGCAACCAAAUCUGGGAGAGAGGAGAAGAAGAAAAAAAAAAGAAGCAAAAAUGUAAAAGAAGAAAGAAAGAAAGAAAGAAAUGCCAGGAAGAAAGAGCGACACACACUUAGAAAGAUUUAAACCAAAAUCUCCAAAUACCAAAUACUGAAAACCAAAAAAAAUAAAUAAAUAAAAAAGACAAGAAAACAACAAACGGAGAGAAAAGCUUUAGUUCAAAAAGACUUUUGCAUCCUGAUCCGUCCAGGGUCGGCUUCAUUCUACCAAAACAUUUCCCAUUCCACUCAGGACGUCUCGUGUCAUGUUCCCCUUUUCAUUAUUUAGUUGAAGAUCUAUUUUUCUAUUAUUUUCUACUCAUGGCUCUUUGUGGUACUUCUCACCAGUUCCAACAGCUGAUCCCACCGUGCAGGAUAUCUACCUCUCUCUCUCUCUUUACAGCUUUACCACCUCACCAUCACCACACAGACACAGUCUGUUUGUUUUAAUGAGCCCGGAGGAGCAGACGGGUGGAGUUUACUGCUACUUCUUACAACGUGUCAGGUAACAUCCUUAAGGCGUUUUAGUCCGUAGUACGAACAUAAAAGCUUUUUUAUGAAGCUAAAACCCACCCGCCUCGCUCCAAAAUAGGAUAAAACCAAUGAUACUAAUUAAAUUCACUUUGAUCCGAGUGUAAUGAUAAUAUUUGAGGGCUGUUUAGCUCCUAACGCUGAAAGAUCUGCAGCGACUCAUCAUCAUCACCAUCAACGUUUGCUCAAACCAAAGUAUUCACACUGAACAGUAUUCAAACUGCCUACAAAGACUUCUUUAUUAUUUGCCUAUUAUUUUAUUUUUUAUAUAUAUAUAUAUCACCUUC